CUACUACAUGCUAUAAAUAAUAUUAAUAUUUUAUAGUUUAGCAAUUAAAUAAGAGGCAGCUAAUGAGACCAAACGCGCAUUCAACGCUAAUGGAAACACACACUUCCACACGCUUGCAUCGCCCACACUUGCCCACAACUGUGAAAAUGGUUGAAGAAGCUACACUCUCGCUAAGUUCCCGCCGCGGCUUCUCAUUACAUAAGCUGAAGAAGUACAUUAGCGAGAAAUAUCAGUUUGAAUUGAGUUCAAAACGGAAUAACUUGAUUAGAACGCAUUUGCGUGCACAAUUGGUCGAUGGUACGCUAAUAAACGUGUCCGGUAAAGGUUUAACUGGCACCAUGCGGAUAGCAGCAAAAACGAAGAAAAGUACCACUAGCAACACUAUUGCUAGCGAAAUGCAACGAAGUGGAGGGCGAAACGGUAGCGCAGAUGCGACAUUCGUUGCAGUUAAACGCAAGAAAGCUGUUGACAAAACAAAGAGCGCCAACAAGGCAACAAGUGGUUCGCAAGCAAGGACACCGCCUAAUAAGAUAGCGAAACCGUUGUUGAUACCAGAUGCACCACAACGCAACUCAAUGACGGGUCACGCUCAUUUGGAGGCAGGUGGAGGAACACCUUGCUCUUCUGGCGGGCGCGUGGGACGUAAACGAAAGUUGUUGCCGCCAGCGCUGGAGUACAUUGCGCUUUCGCAGGAAUAUUGAGUGUGUGUGAGUGUUACUGGCUAAACUCAAGCGUGGUAUUUUGAGUUGAAUUGCAGAGUAGCAGAAAAAGAAAUUUAUAAAGUUUAAAUUAAAAAUGGAAGAAGCGAUAUAGGAAGAAAUUGUAUUUGGCUUCGUGCAGUAUUACUGUGUAAUACUUUUAAGUGAAGCGGUAUUGUUAAAGUGCCUAUUAGAACUUCAGUGUAAAUAUGUGAAUAUCAUAAUUUAGUUAAAUUUGAAUUUUGUUACUACAUUUUUAUGUUGUUGAAUUAAGCAGGUCUUAUUUAAAUGAGCUAACACUUGUUUAGUGAACUUUUAUUUUUUAUAUUUAUUGGCGUUAAUUAAUAUUACAAUU